AGGACGACGUAUACCAAUUGGCAAAUCAUUAGGGUUUAUGAAAUUUUGAGUGAUUUUCAGAGAAGUUUGAGGAUGACUGUGUGAUUCUACUUCUCGAAUUGAAAUAGAUAGUUGGGUCAUAAUCGCAUAUCCUUGUCUUCUGUCAUGUAUUCUCUGAUUCGCCAUGGAAGAAGUUUGGUCGAGUUACAGAAAUGGCGUCAUUUGAGAGUUUUAGUGCAAAAGGCGUCUCCUUUGUCCAAUUCCUUCUCCUCUGCUUCUGCUGCGCGUUUGAGUCCUAGAGUUGGUCGAAAAGGUAAGAGCUUUACAGUCUCUUACCUCGUUGAUUCAUUGGGUUUACCCAAAAAGCUCGCUGAAUCGGUCUCAAGGAAGGUUAGCUUCGAGGACAAGGACAACCCUGACUCUGUUCUGAAUCUUUUGAGAAGUCAUGGGUUCACUGAUUCUCAGAUCUCCACCAUCGUUACGGAUUAUCCACAAUUGCUUGUAGCUGAUGCUGAGAAAUCACUUGCUCCCAAGCUUCAGUUUUUGCAGUCUAGAGGAGCUUCAAGCUCUGAGCUCACUGAGAUUGUUUCUACAGUUCCUAAAAUCUUGGGAAAGAGAGGCCACAAAACUAUCAGCGUAUUCUAUGAUUUCAUCAAAGAAACUUUACUUGAUAAGAGUUCCAAGUCCGAAAAGUCAUGUCAACCUUUUCCACAGGGUAAUCUGGAGAACAAGAUCAGAAAUUUAUCUGUUUUGAGAGAAUUGGGGAUGCCUCACAAGUUGUUAUUCCCCUUGCUCAUCUCUUGUGACGUACCUGUCUUCGGUAAAGAAAAAUUUGAAGAAUCCCUCAAGAAAGUUGUUGAGAUGGGUUUUGAUCCAUCCACCUCAAAGUUUGUGGAAGCUUUGUGCGUUGUUCAAAGAUUGAGCGACAAAAACAUAGAAGAUAAAGUCAAUGCGUAUAAAAGGUUAGGCUUUGAUGUGGAAUAUGUAUGGACAGUGUUCAAGAGGUGGCCAAACUUUCUGACACACUCGGAGAAGAAGAUAUUGAACACCAUUGAAACAUUUCUAGGCCUAGGGUUCAGCAGAGAUGAGUUUAGCGUGUUAAUUAAGCGCUUUCCUCAGGGCAUUGGAUUAUCCGCGGAGAUGGUUAAAAAGAAGACUGAGUUUUUGGUAAAGAAGAUGAAUUGGCCACUAAAGGCUCUUGUUUCAAACCCUGCGGUGCUUGGAUACAGCCUAGAGAAGAGGACUGUCCCAAGGGGUAACGUAGUUCAAGCUCUCAUCUCCAAGGGAUUGAUCGGAAGUGAACUCCCUUCGAUAUCGCGUGUCUUCGUAUGUACCGAUCAGGUGUUCUUAAACAGGUAUGUGAAGAGGCAUGAGGACAAGCAGCUGGAGACUGAGUUGAUGGCUAUCUAUCGUGCUUCAUAGAUCACAAGGCUGAUCAAGGAUUUUGGUUUCUAUCUUUAAAUAUCUGAAAUCCUCAAUUUAGACUUUAGUUCUCAAUUUCAUAUCGAUCCAAACUGUUUGUCUCUCUCUAUAGAUGCUUGAAAUUGUAAGUUUUGAAUCCAUUUUCUGCUAUAUUACUGAAGUUAAAUUCCAAAUUCUUUGUGACCUUGUUCGGAUAUAGAUUUGAAUGAUGCAAUGCAGCUCCUGCAUUCUUGAAUUGGUCAUGUAAGCCUUUUCUAUUUCUCAGUUAGUGUUUACUUUCACAUUAUUCUUUAAAUUUUGGGAUUGGAGUACUGAAAUUACAGCUACUGAUACCAAAAUCCUCUUAUGGUACAAUAAAGUCUUUGCUUUAUAUAUUCUUUGCUCCUGAGAUCCUGGAGUCCUCAUGUAAGCUCUGUCUUUGCUUUAUAUAUUCUUUGAUCAUAUGAUUCAUCUGAUUUGUGGAAUGUUUGUAUUUCAGAUUUGUGAUCUUGGUUUUUACUCGUACACGUUUUUUGUGAGCUUUAUAUUACAUUGUCUUGAAUAUAUUGUCAGGGGCACUGGAAACCUAUCCUACAUCAUUAGGACACAUCAAUCAGAUAAUCAUCCAGUCCAAGGUGGUAAAAUCUUUAUAUCUAGCUUCUAGCUGAAGAAGCUUGGGACGUUGAACGUUGUUUUGAGCUUUUGCUAUGGCUAACGACCUCUGGAGUGAAUACUCAAGUUUUCUCUCUUUGACUCGCAAGUGAUGAAUCCAGAAACUAUUGAAGAGAGCUAUUCAUACAGACUAUAGAGCAGUCACCAUUGUUACAUCAGAGCAGUCACUAAUGUUGCAUCAGAGCAGUCACCAAUGUUGCAUGUUAAUUUUGUAGGAUCACAUUUGGUUGACAGUAACCAGAUUACAAAUGUACUCUGGUAUACAUACAGUUGGUUCGUGAUCAACAAUUGAAUAGUAUCUAAACCAGACCAAAAUGAAUCCGGUUCUGCUUGGUUAAUAAUACCAAGUCUUUUAAAUUGAUGCAGAACGUGAG